AUGUACCAACUGGGUUCAGUGUCCGGUCACGCCUCAUCGUUGUGGCAAAUAGAACACACCAAAAUCAAGUGGUGCGCUGGCUUCUUUUCGUGGGAGGAUGCGGUGCGAUUGCGCCACGUAACUACAGGCCGUUAUUUGGGGAUCACGCACUCGAGUGCGGGUGGAAAUCCCUCCGCGCCUGGCCAAAUUGAUGUGGUGUUGCUUUCACCCUCCGAAUCGGAUGAUGCUGCAACGGUUUUCUACAUCAAGCAGACUAAGGAUGACAAAAAGAAGGUAGAAAUCGACCGCGAGCACGAGGGUAUGGGCGAGCCAGACGUAUGCUUAGGUGAGACUCUGAUCUACCUCCAACACGCAGCCUUGGGUUGGUGGUUGUCUUAUGAGUCCUACGAGACGAAGAAACGCGGUGUGGGCAAGGUGGAGGAGAAAAAGGCUGUUCUGCUUGCUGAGGGUCAUAUGGAUGAUGUCUUCAGUUUAGUUCGAGCACAGGAGGAGGAGUCUCUGUCUGCUGCUGCUAUCCGUCGCUCAACCGCUGUAUUCUCUGCCUUCAAUCGUAGUCUUGACGCUCUAGCCAGUGCAGAUGGGCUUGGUGGUGUUGGUGUCGCUGCAGGCAGCGGUGCAGGCGCAGCAGGUACGUCAUCAUCUCCAACUCCGGGUGCUGAGGGCGUACCU